GCCCGCCAUGUCGGCCCGGGCGGUGCUGGACGAGUUCACGGCGCCCGCCGAGAAGGCGGCGCUGCUGGAGCGGAGCCGCGGCCGCAUCGAGAGCCUGUUCGGCGUGAGCCUGGCCGUGCUCGGCGCGCUCGGGGCCGAGGAGCCGCUGCCCGCGCGCAUCUGGCUGCAGCUCCGCGGGGCGCAGGAGGCGGUGCACAGCGCCAAGGAAUACAUUAAAGGAAUCUGUGAACCUGAACUAGAAGAAAGAGAAUGUUACCCCAAGGCCAUGCACUGUAUUUUUGUUGGAGCAGAGAGCCUGUUUCUGAAGAGCUUGAUUCAGGAUACUUGUGCUGACCUCUGCAUUCUGGACAUUGGGCUGCUUGGCAUCAGAGGCAGUGCUGAGGCUGUGGUCAUGGCUCGAAGUCACAUUCAACAGUUUGUAAAGCUCUUUGAGAAUAAUGAGAACUUACCCAGCAGUCAGAAAGAAUCAGAGGUGAAAAGGGAAUUCAGACAAUUUGUUGAAGCCCGGGCAGACAAUUAUACAAUGGAUUUGUUGAUUUUGCCCACUUCCUUGAAAAAAGAACUUUUGACACUCACCCAAGGUGAGGAGAGUCUCUUUGAAACCGGAGAUGAUAAUGUUAUUGAAAUUAGAGAUUCUCAACAAGCAGAGUUGACACAGAAUGCUGCCACAGGGCUGAAUGUUUCCAGGGAUGGAAUUGUUUUGCAGGAAGAUGCACGAAGUAAAGCUGGGACUCCUGUGUCUGAGCUUACAAAACAAAUGGACACAGUCUUCUCUAGCUCACCAGGUGUGCUUUGUGUCCCAGUAAACGGCCUCACCCCCAGUGAAGAAGUGCUUUCCAAGGACAGGGUUUGUCACAAAAGGAGAUUUUCUGAUUCUGAAGAAAGACAUACCAAGAAGCAGUUUUCUCUGGAAAACGUUCCAGAGGGGGAGCUUUUACCUGAGGGUAAGACAUCAGCUGGAAAUGUCAUCACUGACCUGUCUGAGUCUUCUACCGUUUCCGAAAACUUAAGUCUAGAUGUAAAAGACACCACUGAGGAAAUGGAGUACAACAUCCUCGUAAACUUCUUUAAAACCAUGGGCUAUUCCCAAGAAAUUGUUGAAAAGGUUAUUAGAGAAUAUGGGCCAUCUACUGAACCAUUAUUGCUCUUAGAAGAAAUUGAAAAAGAAAAUAAAAGGUUCCAAGAAGACAGAGAAUUUUCACCUGGUACUGUGUAUUCAGAGACCAACAAAAGCAAAGGUAAAAGUUUUUGUAGCAGUGAAAAUGAGCUUACAACAGAUUCAACUCCAAAGAAGACAGAGACUCACACACAGCCAACUAAUACUGUGGGAACAGUGCCAGUAGAACCGAAGCGUGACAUGUGGGCUCCAAACCGGAGCUAUGUUUGUAACGUGGACCUUGAAGCUGAUGGCCUUUUGCCUUCUGUUGCCCCAUCAAGUCCCAAAGAAGUCAGUUUUGUUUCAAGGGGAGCGUUGAGUCACCAGCCCAGAAGUCCAGCUUUUCCUGAAAAUGGUUUGCAGCAUCAGACAGAACCCCUGCGUCCAAAUACUAUGAAACCUCCCUGUGAAAAACACUCAGGAUGUUGUAGCUCUCCUCAGUCCAAGCCAAAUUGUCCACCUCUCAUUCCACCAAUGCCGCUGCCCCAGCACCUGCCUUCAUUUAUGGACGCAAAGUUGGCAGGACCUUCUGAUUAUAUUGAUUGCUCAGUUACAGGGGUUCAGAGGUUUCGAGAUACUCUAAAAGUACCGUACAAACUGGAAUUAAAAAAUGAACCAGGAAGAACGGAUUUGAAGCACAUUGUGAUAGAUGGGAGCAAUGUUGCAAUUACCCACGGUCUGAAGAAGUUCUUUUCUUGCCGUGGAAUUGCAAUUGCAGUUGAGUAUUUUUGGAAGCUUGGCAACAGAAACAUCACUGUAUUUGUCCCUCAGUGGAGAACAAGACGGGAUCCUAAUGUCACAGAACAACACUUCUUAACCCAGCUCCAGGAGCUCGGAAUAUUAUCUUUAACUCCUGCCCGGAUGGUGUUUGGAGAAAGAAUUGCCUCUCAUGAUGACAGGUUUCUACUCCACUUAGCAGACAAAACUGGUGGCAUAAUUGUAACAAAUGAUAACUUCAGAGAAUUUGUGACUGAGUCCGUUUCUUGGCGAGAAAUUAUUACAAAAAGACUGCUCCAGUAUACAUUUGUGGGGGACAUAUUUAUGGUUCCUGAUGAUCCUCUGGGAAGAAGUGGACCUCGAUUAGAAGAAUUUCUCCGGAAGGAAGUCAUUCUUAGAGGCAUGCAGCCCCUACUCAGUGCCCUGCCAAGUGUGGGCGUGUUUGACCCCAGCUUCAGAGUCCCUGGCACCCAGCCAACCAGCUCCAGCCACCAGCCUCCCGCCCGGAUUCAGGGUGCCCCGCCAAGCCACUGGCUUCCUCAGCAGCCCCACUUCCCACUCCUGCCGAACCUUCCCAGUAUCCAGCAGAAUCUGUCCUUGCCAGCACAGAGGUCUUCUGCGGAGACCAACGAGCUGAGGGAAGCCCUCCUGAAGAUCUUCCCCGACUCAGAGCAGAGACUGAAAAUUGAUCAGAUUCUGGUGGCCCAUCCGUACAUGAAAGAUCUGAACGCACUCUCUGCCAUGGUGUUGGACUAAAGCCCACGCCGAGAGGCUGGAGCUCAGGGCCGCCAAUCUGACUCACGCUGGGCCUGGGCCUGGGCCUGCUGGGAACUAACAUAAUGUGAAGAGACUCACUUCCCAGUGUAAAGGCUGUAGUAUUGUAUAGAAAAAAAUGUUUUGUGUACAAAAAUAUCAGCGUUUUCGAGACCAGCUUUUUUCUAUAUAUAAAUUAUGCUGCUAUUACAGAUUUAACAUUUUCUGUAAAAGGAAAGUCUACAUUUUCUGCCUGUUCAGAACUGUUUAAUAGCAGUUAUUCUUGGGUGUAUUUACAUUUUUAUGUUUUUUAAACUAUUUUCCUUAAAGCUGAAAAUAUUGACAAAUGCAUAUGGUUAGUCUUUAUAAAUAAAAAAGAGCUGCUUUCUUAAGGAAAGCAAGAUCUCUUAAAGUAUAUUUUCUUGAGAUGAAUAUAUCAUGUCACUAACAUGAGGUGUGCUCACCCCUUCCAGCCUCCUCUGCCCUCACCCCGAGUUAGAGUCAGGACUUGGUUCUGUGGGUCUCCUGUUGGGGCCAUUGCAGGAGUGACCAGUGGUGCCACCAGGUGGCGCCUUGUGCCCUGUGAAUAACCAGGGCGGAGUCAGAACACCUGUGCUGGGGAAAGGCCUGGGGCUCCUCUGGACUCCCCUCCUUCCCCUUCCACCCUACAGAGGAGGAACAGAGGCCAGAGUGCUCACUGCAUGGACACGCCCACGACCACAGCUUUGGGGUGGCCAGACAGGGACCAGACCCCAACCAGUGCCUCCACCGGGCUGGGGUCUCCACAGUGACUUGAAUCUAGAAGUCCCAUCAGAGCCUCAGAAGACCAGGGCACGGUCUUAAUGAAGAGCCCAUUACUGUGGUCAUCUCGGGUCCACAUCCUGGGGAGACACCCCUAUAGAUUUGUACAGCUUUGCCAAAAAGUGAUUUUCUUUUCUCAAGAAUGACCCAAGCCAAUAAAUAGCAUUAGUAGCUUCCGUGCAGUCCCAGAGCCGUGGGUUUAUUCUCCUGUGCUUGUGUCCUGAGCAGCCUCCUGUGUGUCCUCCUCAGGAUUCGUGUCUCAGUGUUGUCUGUUUUCAGUGUUGCCUGAGUUCUGUGUUGUGAAGCUCUCCUGGGUAGUUAAUUCUCUGCAGCUUUACUACCAUCUGGACCUUAAGGGCUCUGCCUUUUAUGCCUGUGCUCUCCCCGGCGGCUCACAGUCGGUCUCUCGUCUGCCCCAGGGACAGCGUCUGAGCUCCUGGCACUGGUGCUGGUUUGUAGUGGUGCGGGGACUGGGAGGCAUCCCGAGUGCUCCCGCCAGGCACAUUUCCUCUUGGUGGUGUUUAGUUCCUGCAUCCCUCAGGAUAAAUUUAGGGCCCUCUGGGUGGCCAGACUUGUACCUCAGAUGUGUUUCUCUCAGAUGCCUCGAUGCACCUAAUGUGGAACUGGUCAUCCCCUGUCACUUGGGAGCCGUGUGCCCAGGCACCCUGCCAUGGAAGGAGAGGGAGAGUUCAGGCGAGCCAAGAAGGUGGCCUUGACUGCCCUGCACCUCCUCUGCUUAGCACAGCAGAGGAGUGAGGACCAGCUCCCUCGCAGUGGCCCCGACCUUCUGGCUCCAAGUUCAGUCCAGCAGCUUCGCCAGGCCAGUGUUUCUCUCAUUUCAGUGAAGAGACCCUGGAGACUCGCCCUGACUGUCCAGGUCGGGUCGUGGGUCUGCCUGCAAGGGAGCUGGCCUACAGGAACACCAGUGGGCUGAGGGGUCUCGGGUUUUCUGUAGGAGCGAUGUGAGCCUUGCCCUGUGAGUUCUGCAAAGCUUUGUCUGUAGUGUUGUCUGAGAUGCACCUGCCCUUGCCCUGCCCAGGCUGUGGGAGGGGGAGGAGUACAGAAGAGCAUUAAUUUCACAAAUUACAGCAAAACAACUCAUAAUUUUUUUCUGAAACUCAUCAAAUUUAGUUAAAUUCACUACUUAAAAACUUAAUUAUCAAAUCGUUUAAAAAGGCCCCCACUACCUGUUAUUCUGGGCACUGGGUGGCGUUUUGCUGCUUAGGACCCACAGCCGGUCCACUCUGCACAGGGCGCUGCAGCCGUAGGUUUGGCGAUGGUGAUGCUUCCCUGUCUUGUAACUCCUUCCAGCUUGCCUGGGGUAGCUUUGCAUCCCAAGUUUUGUGACCUUCGCGUGGUGUAGCUGGCAGGGCCUGUCACCCACAUUGAACAAAUGAGGUGUCUGCUGCUGAGAGAGGCUGUCCAGGGUGGAAAGUAGCUAUGGAGCCAGGUGAUCUCCUGCCACCUCCUUAGACCCCAGGCUGCUGCCUGGGCCUUUCUGUCAAGCAGUUGCAGUUUGAGGCCACCAGGCGAAGGGGUUGGAAGGCACCUCAGCCAGCUGGGGUGAGGGCAGCAUUGGGCAGGCUCAGCUGUGUGACUGGGACUCAGCUGGGUGUGGCCUUUGAGAGCAGUGAGCAGAGAGGAGGUCCAGGCUUCUGCAGCUUGCUGUGGUACUUGUGGAAAGACAGCAGCUGCUCCAGACGGUGCCCUGAGCCUGCUCCCACCCCUCCCUCGACCCCAGGCUGCCACGCCCAGCCCUCCACAGAGCUUCCUUGCUCCUCCUUCCCUCGGCCCACAUGCCUGAGUCACUCUGGCUCCCUCCAUCCUUGACCUGCCUCUCCAGCACCCCCUGCAUACUUCAGCUCCUCUGGAUCAGAGUAACCAAAUGUCCCCUAAGAAUCUUGUCCAUCCCUUGCUAAUGCUUCCCACUCUUCACUCUGUGAACCUGCCACUCACCCUCUUCGUGGAAGUAGUCUAGGAAAGGCCCUGGGGACCCCCAGCUGUGGGAUUCCAAGAACCGUCCUCCGCCCUGAGGACAGCAAGGUCAGUUGCUAUAGCACGUGACCCAUUGGCCUGUUGCCCUUUUUUCUGAGCGUUGCCCUUCUAGGGGCUUUUCUUUCUUUUUGUCCCUUUUGCUUAUAGGCCAGUCCUUAACACCCUUCUCUUUUUCAGCAGGUAGUUCCCAAACGGCUAACCUGUGGGGUGAGGGUCAGGGUUAGGGUUAUAUGGGGCCAGGUAGAGGGGCAGCCCUGGAUUCAAAUGCAGAUUACACGUCUACCCCAGCUCUGGAGCAAGCUCAGCAUGCUUCUGGGUGAUGCCUGUGCAGGGACCAUUGACCACACUUUGAAACUUCACUCAUUCUUAGGGAUCUUACUGUCCCCUAACCCGUGGCAGUGACUUCUGACCCCGCCCUUCAGGAGUGCCCUUGCUUGCUCUACCUGGAAGCCUUGUGGGAUCCUCAGAUGCCCAUAUGUUCUGUCUGCAGACUGUGUGUGUGGCCCCUUCCACUUCCCACCACCCUCCGUGGGUUUCCCUGCUCUGCCUCUUGGCUGUUCUCAGAGCCUCCCCCUGGGCAGCAGGCUCCAACCAGACAGCCCCCUCCCCAGUCCCCUCCGCAUCCCAGACAGCACAGCACUGCCAGGUUCCUCUUCCAGAAACAUUUCUGGCCACCCUCCUCCUGUCCAGCAAUACACGGUGGUGGUUGGCCAGGCACCAGGUUCAGACCCCUGGGCUUAGUACCCAUGGCUGUCUGCUUCCCAGCCGUACUGGAAUGUCCACUGUAUGUGUCCCUACAAAAGUGCCCCUGCAGCCACACGGGUUUUCUCUGCCACCCGUGGGCUCCGCCUACAUGUGUACUUUCUGUUAGGAAAGCCCUCUCCCCAGUGGCCUCCCUCUGCAAAGGCCCAGCCGAGGCCUCCUGUGCUCAGUGCCUCCAACUACUCAGUGCACUCAUGUGUUCCGUGAUCCCAUAGCACUUCAUUCUGGCUUCUGGUGCCUGCCGGCCGCUCUGGCAGGUGUCCCUGCAGCUGGUCAUGUACUGUGUCUCCCCUCCGUCUAGACUGUGAGCUCCUUGCGGGCAGGGACCGUCUGUGUUCACUCUGUGUUUCCCGUGGCACCUGCCCAGUGCCUUGCACUUGAUAGGUGCUCAAUAAAUGUCUGCUCCACUGAA